AUGUCUGAGGGUACAAUUGUUGCAGCUAAACCAAAAGAAGGAACCGGAUCUACCUCCAUCCAAUGUCCAAUGCUCAAUUCAACAAACUAUACUGUCUGGGCGUUAAAGAUGAAGAUUGCUUUGAAGGUUCAUAAGGUUUGGGAGGCGAUCGAACCUGAAACAGAGGAAGCAGAUGAAGACAAAAAUAAUAUGGCUAUGGCUCUAUUAUUUCAGUCUAUAUCCGAAGCUCUUGUUCUGCAAAUUGGUGACUUAGAUACGACUAAAAAGGUGUGGGAUGCCAUCAAGUCAAGACAUGUGGGAGCAGAGCGUGUGAAAGAAGCUCGUCAACAAACGCUUAUGGCCGACUUUGAGCGACUUAAGAUGAAAGAUUCAGAGAAAAUCGAUGAGUUUGCAGGGAAGAUGUCAGAGUUAGCCUCAAAAUCAGCUUCUCUCGGAGUAGCUAUUGACGAAUCCAAGAUGGUUAAAAAGUUUCUUAAUUGUCUUCCUCACAAGAAGUUCAUCCAUAUAGUGGCUUCUUUAGAACAUGUGUUAGACCUAAACACCACCACCUUUGAAGACAUCAUCGGAAGACUGAAAGCAUAUGAAGAAAGAAUCAUUGAUGCAGGAGAAGUACAAGAGGAUCAAUCUAAACUAAUGUAUGCAAACAUGGAGACACAAAACAGUCGUGAAUAUACAAACGAUUACCGAAACGUCGAGGAGUUACAAGAAGCUCAAGUUCUGGAUACCACUAAUACUCAAGAUGGUGAUGAACUUAUGAUGCAUGAGGUUGUUUUUCUUAAUGAGAAACGAUGCAUCCCGAGUAAGUUUGAAACCAACAUGAGAGAGGACAAUAUAUGGUACCUUGGCAAUGGUGCCAGUAACCACAUGACAGGGGAUAAAAGGUAUUUUGAGAAGAUGGAUGAAUCUGUUACCGGGAAGGUACGGUUUGGAGACGAUUCUCGUGUUGAUAUAAAAGGGAAAGGAUCAAUUUCUCUUGUUGACAUGUAUGGUGAAUUGUGA